AUGCAGAUGCCAUCGGAUGUCCUACCGGGAACGCCACCCCGAGGUACUCAGUCAAGCAAGGAUGCUUCAUUUUCGUGCAGUUGGCCAGGCUGUGGACGGAUGUAUCGAAAGCGCGAGCACCUUCAGCGUCACGAGCGAAGCCAUGCACGCGAUUUCAAGUAUGAGUGCCCAAUCUGCAAAAAGCGGUUCGUCCGAAGGGAUGUCAUGACUAGACACCGUGCCCUACACGAAACUCGACCAAGAAAGUUGCGUAAAGUGGCCUGUGUCUCAUGUGUCUCGCUCAAGACACGGUGCGAUAGACAGCCAGGAGCUAGGUGCAGUCGGUGUGUUGCAUCCGGAUGGGAAUGUAUCUUACGGAAUAACGAAGGCAACCAGGAGAAUGAGCCUACUCCGAAUCACCAUGAUGGCUUGGAGGAUGCCAACCAAUCAUCUCUCAUGGCAAACCUCGCGCAGCCGGUGAUUGGUAGUGCUCUUGAUCUUGCUCCAGUAUCAUUUGAACCUCUGUAUGGUCUUGCUACGGACCCAUCGGAUAGCUUCUUCGGAUGGGACAUUGGUGAAGUCGAGUCUGAAAACGUUGAUUUUCUCGACAUGUCACCUCUCAACUGGUUCCGGUCUGCCAAUGAAGCACCAGAAGACAUCACAGAGCCGCCGUCGACGUCGAGAACUGUCGAGCUGUCGUCUUCAUCAAGCCUCAUUCGUGAUGAACAGCCAUCAGAUACUCCAUGGCCACAUGUCUAUCGCCCUACCGAGAUUGACAACCAGCUGAACCUCUUACCCGUUGAUCAACAUACGGCGACCAUCUUUCAAGAUACUAAUCUCGACUGCAUCGAUGAAUCGACUCGUCAGGCAAUCAUAACACUUGUCAAUACGACCAACAACCAUAAUUGGCCUGUUGUGGAUGUCGCACUCCUCCCGUCUACUCGAACCUUAUCCACGUGCAUUAACCUUUACUUUCGCCACUUUCAUGACACUCUUCCUAUACUUCCAUACAAUGGUUUACGCACCCCCAAUACGCCACCACCCAUCUUACUACUGGCUAUGGCUGCCAUCGGAGCAAUGUACUCACGAGACAAGUAUGGCGGCCUUGCUAUCGCCCUCAACGAGCUGGUACGGAGGGUCAUCAUUUAUACUCGCGAGAAGGAUCAGCGAGCCAUGUUCGACUUGAGAUUUGCGCAAGCGUCCCUCCUACAGUCCGUCUUCGGCCUAUUUUGUGGAUCACGAAUGCUGUACCAGCAUGCCGAGAUUAGCAGAGGCAGUUUGGUAACUGCGGCGAGAAGAAUGCAUCUCCUUAGGCCUAGUUUGUCAUUCGUGAAAGAGCUUCAGAAGAAUGGAAAUGAAUUCAGCGAAGAGGAAUUAAAGAAGGCGCAAGCUGAUGACGAGGAGAGGAGAAACCUGGGGUGGGGUAUAUACCUUUACGAUAUGCAGAUAUCCGCACUUCUCAAUGUUGCCCCUCUUUUGUCUGUAGGCGAGAUAAAUGUUCCUCUGCCAAGUGGUGAUGAGGCUGGAAGGGGCCACCAGCCUUCGGCCUUGGACAUGAAUUUGGGACAAGACGGGCCCAAUUUUCGAGAGGUGCUAGAGUCACUACUUUUGAAAGGAAAGCUAUCGCAACCCUUGAGUUCUUUUGGGUUGUCCAUUGUUGCAUACACUCUUUACAGGUAUGGUGAAUCCAUUGCCAGAAAGGCUUCGAGACUGAUCGUGCGUAGACUAUGCACAGAUGCAGCCGUAUUCGAUUCGGUGUUGCCAGCGUCCAGGCCACCCCGAGAAAAUCCCUAUCGUCUUGCCUUCCCGCCUACGUUUAGAUUCAACCCGCAACAGCUCCUCGACCAACUUUCUGCAUCGUGUCAUUCCUUGCCCAAUAAGCCCAACACACUCAUACUAAGUGUAACUGCUCUUUCACACCUGGGCCACAUUCAGUUCACAUGGCCCAAUUUUCUUCAAAACAUCAAGGUAGCGGCGGGGAAAUCUGGAACAGAUGAGAGCAAGGCGGACGCUCGGGAAUGGGUUCGAGCUCGCAUUGAAGAGGACCCAGUUAUCACGAGGGGGUCUGACAAUAGCGCUGCAAGUGACUGGAUACAACAUGGGGGCGAGAUAGCAUUUCAGGGCCUCGGAAGCAUGUCUGAACUGACCAUCUCUAAAGUUCUGUCAAUCUUUAUUGAGCGGUUGGAAAGCAUGUCGUGGGGUAUAGCUCAACGAUUCAAACAUGUAUUACUAAGUCUACAAAGGGAAGAGUAG